GCCAGAGCUGCCAGUGAGGGCUUGUGUGGGGUGACAGGGUAGGAUUAGAUCACCAAGGCCUUCUUGAGGAGACGGAGCCUUGUGAGGAGUUUACAAUAAGGCUCACACUAUGGAUUAUAAAACCUGAAAGGAGAACAACAAAUUCGAGGAUUCUGUGGACAGAGGCCAACUAAAAGGCACAAUGCCUUAGGAGCAACUGGCUGCACAAAGUCCUGACCAGGGGCCCCAAACUCUGGGUCCUGCAGCUCCAGCAGCAGACAGAGUGUAUAAUUUUGAGGUCUGUGUUCGCAUGGAUGACUGAGCAACUGAGGACAGAGCUCUUUGUUAGCGAGCCUGCAUCAUGACCUCAGUUGAAAAGCGGCGCUCAGGCCGGAAGAGUGGCGGGCAUCGUAAGCACAGCGAUGGAGGCUACAGUGAUACUUCCAGCGGUGGGUCGUUUCUGGACGAGACUGACCGAGAGGUCAGCACUCUGACAGAUCGAGCAUUCAGGAGUCUCUGCAUUGGAGAUGAGGCUGUUUAUAAUGACUCAGACUUGUGUUCAUCUUCACCCUGCAGCCAGAGAGACAGACAGCUGGCCUUUAGCCAGAGUGGCCAGGACAGAGACAGAGAUGACACAGAGAGGGAGGAACUUAAGAGAGCUGCCCAUGAGAGCUUCACCCUCAGGGUGCAGCAGUAUGGACAGGACUGGAUCCAUGGAGGAAUGUAUGGGGCUGAGAUCCACAGAGAUCCUCAGUGGGAGGUUUAUGGGGAAAGGACACAAGGGAGGGUUUCUGCCACAUUCCAGCACUCCUUUGUGGAAACCUCUCAACAGGAGAAAUCUCUGAGGGAAGAACAGCUGUCUUUCCUCAGCAAUGGAGCCACAGAGUUGAGUUCACAGCAACGCAGAAGCCGCUCCAGAGUUUCGUCCCUCAUCAGAGCUUUUAACUCUGAGGGACACAGGGAUGGAGCAGGGAUGGAUGGUAAAGUCAGAGAGUGGAAUGAUGACACAAGCUGGGACAAAUCAGCUCUAAUGAGUAUCCAACAGGAACUUUCUGAAUUCUCGACAUCAUACCAGCAAAACUUUAACAGUGAUCAUUUCCCCUCAUCUGGCCCCUUCUCAUCCCGAGACACCAGCUUCUACUCCUCUGAAGUUGCAGCAGUGGCUCAUAUGAAUUCUGCAUCCUCUUUCAUGAGCUCUUCCCACAGUAAACACAGCAUGUCCACCCAGGUCAACUGUAACUCUAACUUCUUCAUACACAGUGAGUUUAGUCCCUUCAAGGUAUGGAGGGACCAUAACAGGUUUCCUUUUCAACAAGGAGAAGUCUCAGGGUUUAUGCACUGCUCACAGUUUCCUAAAUGGUAUGAGACACCAAUGUACAAGGAGCUUUCACUGGAGGCCCAACCACAGGGUCAUUAUAGGUUGGAGGAGAGGGAUAUCAGACACCCAAGGAAUAAAUUGGCACCAGUGGGUCCUCCCACACCUCCACGCUCCACGUCAACAUCCACAAUGCUGCAGAAAGCUGCGGCCGUGGAAAAACGCUGUGAGUCAGAAUUGAUAGGUCAUUACCCUCACAGGAAGCGGACGCAGAGCCUGGGAACUAACAGGCUCCCAUCCCAGCGUCCGUCAACUGCAUCACCUACCAUCGAGAUGUCUCGACGUGUCCGGGACACCAUCAGCUCCGUGAAAGCCCUCCAUCAAAAAAUCAAAAUGAUGACAGAGCAAAAUGUGGCAACAGCAAUGGCAGCAAAUCAACAAGGAGUACUUCAUAGCAAUGAUAAUUUAAUUCCCUUUGGCAACAACGCAGUAUCAGUGGCACCAAAUGUUGUCAGAAGUAACACAAGCACUACUGCCUUCAACAUCAGUCAGCUGCUCACACCUUCAGUCCAUGCACAUCAAGAGGCAGAGACGUCAGAGGUCCGACCAUAUGCAGUUUCGCCUCAACCUGUGGAACAUCCUCCAGUCCGAGCUGAAAGCAGGGGAGCAACACCUGAUGUUAGGCUGUCCAGCUACAAAUCCAGAGCAACAAGCCUGCUCUUCAAUCUCAAAGACAACAGGAAGAGAGUAAAAAACACCUACAGUCCUACCAAAUUUAAAGGUUUGGAAAAACCAGAGAAAAACAAACCACCCUCUAUCAAGGAACCUAAAGACACUAUAAUAGACAUCCCUGAUCUUCCCGAUCCAGACAUUCAGUUUACCCAUGUAGAGGAAUCCACCAGGACAGAUGUUGCUUCACAUCAUUAUGCAAACCAGCAUCAAAACCCCGGAUUGUCACUUGCAACACUAAAUUCUCAACCUGCCACAGCACAUACAGGCCAACAUUCACAAUACACUUUAAGUGAUUACCAGAAAGCUCAGAUGCAAGGUGAGAUGGUUCAUCACUCCAGGUUCACUGGCUUCAUACCUGAAAAUUACACCACCAAUCAGCUGGCUAAUGGACAGAAUCUCCGUGAAGACUUAUUGUCAUUUACUCCCUACAAGCAAGGGAUGAUAGAUAAUGUGGAAACUCUGGGAGGGGAUGUACACAGGCUUAAACCAUCGUAUACAGCUACAGAAACACCAAGGCUAAAUGCUGACAACAAUCAAACCAGAGAAUAUUUAAUAAGUAAGGCAAAUGCUGAGCAACAUUUUAAUGAAACAGUGGGAAGGGAAUUCACAAAGGAGGAUAGAUAUCAGCAGCUCAAAGACAACAAACAUGAUUACAGUAAUGUGUCCUCGCAGGAUAGGUGGAGAGAGACAAGCAGUCAAGACACAGGAAAGCUCAGUCUGAAAUCAGCUAACUCUCCAUGGAAACAAGAGAUAACCGCUUUAAUCGAAAAAGACCAACAUGCACAGGCUUACCAAAGAACAGCCACGAUAAAGGAGGAACUAAAUAUACCCAGAGACAAAUACAGAGGAGAAAAUCAGCAACGUAUAAAUAAAGAAAUUGAAAAAAUAGAGCUGAGGCAGAGUUUUGAUCCUGGAACAUCCUCUCAUAAAAAUACUGGGUUGGUCAAUCCUAACAUUUCAAACCAGCUGCCACAAUAUGCUCCAUUUGGUACUGUAGAAAAUCAAGCCUAUUAUGCACCAAAGCAACCGGUAGCAAUUAGGGACAAAUGUGUACCUCAAAAGUAUUAUGGACACAAUGAGGAAAAUGUGAUGAAAGAAAAUUAUCAGCCACAGAAUUAUAAUAGAUAUACUGAUCAGGAAUACAGUAACCAACACAGCUUCAAUUCUAAUAAAGAUAAAACUUUGCCCAUGAAAGAAACAAGUCAGAGAAAACAAUGUACGCCAGUCCCAAAGGGACAUGAAAUGCAAAGUCUCCAGCCAGUGCAAGCCAAACCACAGUUUGAACAUAAUAUGCAGAAAAAAUUAUCUAAUAACGACAAUGCAGCUGCUCGCACAAUGGCAAACCAGAUGAAGGAUAGACAGUUUGUUGAGGUCAAGGCUGAACAGGCCUCAGUAGAAUAUAUAACAGCAAAACACGCCCAAGCAGAGCUGGCAAAGGUUCAGCACUGGGCUCAAGUGGAGCAGCCCAAAGCAGAGUCGGCGAGGUUAAUUUUAGCAGAGCAGGCUGGUUCAGAGAAAGUCAAAGCAGAACAGGCCAAAGCAGAACUAACAGAACACGAGAGAGUAAAACAGACUAAAGCAGAACAUGUUAAACAGGAGAAGAAAAAAGGGGAACAGGCAGAUCAGUCCAGAGAAAAACAACCAGAGCGUGCAAGAGAGGAACAGACAAAGGUAGAGCAAACCAGAGUACAGGAGGUAACAGAAGAGUCAAGAAAUAUUACAGAGGAAGCAGGAGUCACGCACAUGAAAAAGGAGCAGGGUGAGCAGGUCAAAGCUGAACAAGCUAAAGCAGAAAGGCUGAAAGAAGAACACAUAAAAACUGACCUAGGAAAGACCGAGCAGGCAAAAAUACAGCAAACUGUACAGGCCACAAGAGAAAGGAUCAAAGUGGAGCAAAUUGAGGAAGAAGAGACUAAAGCAAAACAAAUUGAAAGAGACCAGAGAGAGGCAGAACAAAUCAGAGCAGAAAAGGUUAAAGCAGAACAGGUUCAAACAGAUCUUAGAAAAGCAGAACAAGCUAAACAAGAGCAGAUAAAAGAGCAACCAGCUAAAACCGAACAAGAGAAAACAAAGGUAGUUGAAAUAGGAGAGGUCAAAGCAGACCACAUUAAAGUUAAGGAUAUUAAACAAGAGAAAGCUCAAGAAAAUGCAGAGCCACCUACAACACAGAUACGUAAAUCCAAAGAGGCAAAGGUUAAAGAGAGCAAAGCAGAGCAGACAAAGAUGGAGCAAUCCAGCAAAACAGAGAGCCUGCAGGAAAGGUUAGCUAAACCUGCGGUAAAACUAACAGUGAUACAACAGGUCAGAAAUCAGCCAGAUAAAGUUGAACAAGUUAAGACAGAGUUAGCAAAAGCUAAAGCAGAAUUGGCCAAAAUAAAGGAGAAAAUGAGAGGAGAGCAAAAAGAGAAAGUCAGAAACUCUAUCAUCAUAAAAGAUGAUGACAUUACAAAUAAAGAUGUGAGGGGAAAUAUGAAUAAAAAUGAGGAUCACAAAAAGAAUGACCAGGCAACCCAAAUGCAACAACACAAGGAAGAGUCAGCUGUCAGCAGAAAUGGUAAAGAUCAAGCUGAUACAGGGGCUGAUGAAUUUUUAAGAGAGAAAUAUGUUUUGACUAAUUCUGUUUCAACUAACACAAACAAAGUGUCAACUACUGGACACGGUUCUUCAAAUGAUGCCAAUGAAACACCAGCUCUAUCUCUUGACAAAGUCAAGAGAGUGAACAACGAGAAAUCAAAAGACAAACAUAGUCCUACGAGGGGAUUUGCAAAAGCUAACACAGAAAAUAAGGAGGAAGUAGGCGGCUUUAAAUCCACUGAGGUAACAGACAGUCACUAUGUUUACAGUGAGUCAUCCAAACAAUUCAAAUUAUCCAGUGCUAAUUAUUUAACUACCCAUGUAGAUAAUAGAGCAAACUGUGACACAGUUACUGAUAAAGUGAAGGAUGACAAUGUUGAAAAGUUGGAAAAAUGUGACCCUGUGAAACACACUGAUGUUUCACAGCGAAGAGUUUCUGAUUUGACUAAACUGGUUCCCCUUGAAAGAAAACAUAAGUUAACCGAGCACAGUGUAGGUCCAGGUAAAGAUUCGCAUUUUAUCCCUCCCAGAGCAUUGUCCCAUAAAGAGAGAGUGCAGACCAAGCAGGAGAUUCUGACUUCCAAAAUAAAAGCUCAUGCUGAAAAAGAGAUUUCAGCAAUUAAAGAAAAGGGUUUUGCCCUAAGAGAUGGUAUUAUGUCCAAACACCCUACAAAGCAAUUAGCAAGUAUUCAGAAUAAUAGUAUACGACAGAGGCCACCAUCACAGGAGGUGUCUAAAAAGCAUGAAAGCACAAUGUCCAGUAAUAUAACACCAAAGCACCAGAUGGAGCUUUCAGGAAUACAGAUGGAACCAGUCAAGUCUAUGUCAACACCCAGCUCUGCUACAAUACCAGUAAAGUCUGAAGUAACCACCGGUCAGCUAGUAGACCAAUCACACAAACAAGUUGAACCAGUGAAGAGCAAUGGCAGUGUGUCAGAACCACCCGAAGUUGCAAAACAGACAGGACGUUAUACUGCAAGCACAGAUGAGGGCUUGGUAGAAAAUCAAAAGAAAGAGAAUCAAUCAGGAAUUAAAUCGCCAAUGCCAAGUAAAGAGCAAGCACCAAAGAACAACCAAGGAAAACAGGAAGCAAAUCAUGGAGCAAACUCUGGAAAAGAGAAAGAGGGACUUAAAGGUAAUCCUGCCAUAAGCACUGACCAACAGAACAAGAAGAAAGAGGAUCCAUCACAAGCUACAGCUCUGGUCAAAACUGAAAGCUCCAAACCUUUGACAACAGAAAAGCCUGAGAGUAAGCAUGAAGCAGGUGAUGAGGACUCAGCACCUCUGCUACAUCUUGCCUUCGGUCAGAACAAGGUGCCUGUGGCUGAAGACUCCUUGCAGAUCAUGGGAAUAAUGGUAACUGUACGAGAAAGACAGCCAUCUGAGAGCAAUGAUCAUGUGGAUGACAGCACCCAAGAACAAAUAUAUCCAAAGGAGAAAGAGUGCAGUAACUCAGAGAUAGAUAAAUGUCAUCCCAGCUCAGGUCUAGAAUUAAGUAAAGGAAAUAAAUCUUCAAAGGAAGUGAGCGUAGCAAAGGCAAAAGACAGAGUCGUACAGGAAACUCAUCCCACAAUGAUGGAAGAUCAAACUAAAGUUGAUGUAAGUAAUCAUCCUGAAACUUCAACUCUAAGGACAAUAAAGAACAAUGUGUCUGAGAAUGUUAUUAAGAAAGAGACUGAUCCCCAGGAGAGUUCUUCUAUAAAUGCAAGACCCAAAAGGGAAAUACAACUUACAGAACCACUGCCUGAAAAAGGUGUGCCAUCCACAGUCACUGCUAAAAAUAAAGUGUUGGCUGAAACUCAACCCCUUCUCUACAAGCAGGACAUAAUAGCAAGGGACAUGAAAGACUACUCAAAUAAAACACCAAGAGAGAGCUCAGCAAAGAGUAUGAAGAAAGAUGAAGGAAAAAGGAAUACAGAAGACAAAAAUCCACCAAAAACCCAAACAGCACAUACCAAUGAGAACGUAAUGGCCAAAGUGGAGAACACAGUAAUCAACGUCAAGAAUGAGUCCAACAGGGCUGAUGCCGAAACUCUGAUAAAACAUGAUGUCAAGCUAUCAGUGAAAGAAGAUUUGACAGCUGUUGUAAAUCCAUCCAACAACAGGAAUAUAGAUGGCAAGAGUGCACCCCUACUGGAGAAAAAGAGCCAUGACUCAACACCACCAAAGCCAGUCAAGAAAACCACUCCAUCUCACCAUGUAAAUGAGAAUCAAAACAGAAAUGUAUCUCCAAAACUAAAGCAUGAAGAGACGCACAUUGGAGAAUAUAAUGAAGUGGACGAUGAUGUGCAUAUAGAUAGCAUUGCCAUCAAAGUUGUGCCAGCAGUAACUGAGAAGGACAACCUGAAAAUGGUAAGAAAACAUCAUGUCACAACUGUCCCUUCUGAUGUGGUUGUAACUAAUGAACAUAAACAAGUUGCAUCAUCUAGUUGUGAAGAAAACAAUAAAGACAAAACCAAAGUCCCCACUCCAGCAUACAAUGAGAAGCAGAUGAAAGAAAAUUUAGAAGACAAAUUAGGCGGACAACAGGAGCUGUCCAAUGAGAGAAAACUGUCCAGUUCGUUGAAAAUCAGCAAUCAACAGAACAGCAUAAAUGCUACAACUGAGAAUACCCAUGCUGAAAAUGGAAAUCCUGAAAAAGGGAAGGAUAAGGAAAGUAGGAAAUCAGUAGUUGAAUCAAUGGAGGGAAACUACUUUCAAGUGCAAGGGGUAGUAGAAACAAAUGAUGAACCACACAAUAGUGCAAAUGUUGGAGAGAUAUUAGAUACUGUUUCAAAGGAAGGGGAAUUUCCAGGUCUACUACCAAACAAGGCGGCUGUCAGCAAUAAACCAUACAAAGAAGUAAAAAAUGAAGUCUUUGUGUUGGAUCAAAGUAAAAGGAAAACAGUGGAAUCAAGUUCAGUAAGCGCUCAAAAUCAGAACAUAGAAAAGAAAAACUGGGAAACAGAAGAUAAGCUGGCUUCAAAACAGAGUGAUGGUCCCACAGAGAGGCAGAGUAAUAAUGAAAGGAUGGAAGCAGGUCAAGAUAAUCACAUCAGAAGACAUCCCACAGUGAGCCAAUCCACUUUAUCAGCAAGGGAAAGACAGAGCUCAAGAAAUUCACAUCCAACAAGGGAAAAUUCAGUCAAAGAUAAACCUGAAGUUAAACCAAAACCAAAAGAAAGGGUAUCCACAAUACCUGAAAUAUCCGCAAUUGCAGACUAUGCCAGAUUAAAAGUAAUUGUUUCAGAAGAGCAGGAAAACACAGUUCAGGAAUUCCCACCCAACAAAAAGGAAGGAUUCUUCCCACUAAUACAGACUCGUCACAGCAGACGUCCAGUGUUCAGUGCUGACCCAAAAGACAUCUCUGUGAAAGAGAAAAGUUUGCCAAAUAAGACAGAGGUGAGUGCCAAAGUGAACAAAGAGACCAAAGCACCAGUAUUUCCCAUUACAGAGAAAGAACACCAAAGGACGGGAAUGUUCAAACUGGGAGAAAAAGAAAGACAAGAGAAAAUGGUUUUGGAUGCCACAGGUGUAUUAGAUGCUGGGGCAAAACAUGCACAAUGUCUCAAAGAAAGAAACAAAUUGCCAACAACCCAUCUCAAGAACCAGGGAAGUGAAGAACAAGUGACUGGAACUGAUACUCAAAGACUUUGUCAAGUAGAUCAAGGUAUUCAUCAGCCAGACGAUCCUUCCUUGCAAGAAGUCAACAGGCCAAGAAACACGUCUGUGUCACAACACCUAAAAUCACUUGAUAACACCAAUGCCAAUCAAAAACCUGAAGAAUGUUUAGUACCAUAUUUGGAUAAAAACUCUAUGCCACAACCCACUUUAGGGCAAGUGCACAACAUAGAGGUAAGCACAACAACUCUAAGAAAAGAAAAGAUUGAAAAUAAACUGGCUAAGAUGGGAGAGGAGAGAAAAGAAAAGCUGAGACAAGAAAGGCUUGCAACUCAGCAUGAAGCAACCACAGCAAAACAGUCAGAGGAAGAACAGGUGAUAGAAGAGGAGAAAAGAGCAGAAGACAUGAAAAUAAAACACAUUAUAGAGGAGAGUAGAGCUUCUCUGGCUGAAGAAGAGAGGAGAGCCAUUCAGAGAGAAGAGGAGAGGAGAGCAAAAGAAAGGGAGGCCAUAGCUAUUAAGAUCAAGGAGAGGCGGGAAAAACAGAGAGAAGCAGAUAGAAGAGCAGAAGAAGAAAGAAGAGCUAAAGAGAUAGAGGAAGACAGAGCUGCUCCAAAAGAAGAGGAGUUGAGAGCUAAGCAAAGAGAAGAGGAAAGGAGAGUGAAAGAAACUGAGGAGAAGAGAGUUAAGAUUGAGGAAGAGAGGAGAGCAAAACUGAGAAGGGAGGAACAGCGGAUGAAAGAGAAUGAGGAGAGGAAGAGAUUGAAACAGCAAGAGGAGGAGAGAGUUGUGCUAGAGGAGCAGCGAAGAAAAGCUGCACAAGAGGAACAGCAAAGGAGAGCUGCACAAGAGGAGAAGCAAAGGAGAGCUGCACUACAGGAACAGCAAAGAAGAGCUGCAUUUGAAGAACAACAAAGGAGAGCUGCUCAAGAGGAACAGCAAAGGAGAGCUGCUCAAGAGGAGCAGCAAAUGAGAGCUGCUGAAGAGGAGCAGCAAAGGAGAGCUGCACAAGAGGAGCAGCAGAGGAGAGCUGUUAAAGAGGAGCAGCAAAUGAGAGCUGCUGAAGAGGAGCAGCAAAAGAGAGCUGCUCAAGAGGAGCAGCAAAGGAGAGCUGUUAAAGAGGAGCAGCAAAAGAGAGCUGCGCUACAGGAGCAGCAAAAGAGAGCUGCGCUACAGGAGCAGCAAAGGCAAGCUAAGCAGAUUGAGGAGAAGCUACUGGCUGAAAUUGAGGAGGAAAAGAAGAGAGCUCUGAGAAAGGUGGAGGAGAGGAAAGCUGCUGAAAAAGAGAAAACAAUUAUUAAACAAAGAGAAGAAAAACAAGCCAAAGAGGAGAGGACAAGAUUACUUGAGGAAAGCAAAGCAGCACUGAAAGAGGACAAGAAGAGAGUAACACAAGAACAGUUGCUAGCUCAAAGAGAGGACGACAUCAUGGCUAAAAAGAGAGAAAAUGAAGAUGAAGAAAAGUUUGCAGCUCAGAGGGAAAAGGAGAGAGCCACUAAGAUGGAAGAGCAGAAAAAAGCAGCACAGAGAAUUGAUGCUCUCCAGUACUAUGCCAUCACCUCAACAGAAUCAGAGAGGAAACCAAAAGAAAGACAACUAUGCUCCCCUUUACCCUCCCAACAAAGAAACAAUCCAUCAGGACUUGAAGAGUCAGGUUCCCACACAAGGCUUUAUAGGCCACGUAGCUCUGCAUCUCCAGCUCCAUCUCUGCCCCGCUCCAACACCUCCUCUCCUGCUCUGGGAGCCAAGCCCUCUAUGUUCAGGGUGAAGGAUAAUACCAUCAGAGGUUCCUCUCUCACCAAGUCAGUCAAACCACGCUUCCAUAAGAACUUUGGAGAGGAUUUCCGAGUUGGGUCACCCAUGGAAAGGCUGUCAGAGAGAGUAGAGGAGGAGCAGGAGAUGAGACACAAUGACACGGGGUUAAACAGACUCGCUGCUAUCAAAGAAUUUUCAACUUUUCAGCCAGCAUCCUCAUCACAGGAUUACGCAGCCCAUCUCCCACAACACAGGCCUUACUCCAGGAGGAGCAUUGUUCUGGAUGAAGACGACUCCCGCUCUGUCAUCAGCAACAUGUCAGAGGAUGUGGAGAGUUUUGCCACCAGCGCAGCAGACCUGGCAGAUUUACGAGGCCUGUUUGACUACGACAGGCCAGAGUCAGCUUGUAGCUUCAGCAGUGACGUGUCUCGUUCUUUGGGCAAACCUCCAGCUGUUCCCCCAAAGAGUGAAAAAGCAUUGCGCAGGGCCAAAAGGUUGACUACUCGUAGGAUAAAGAAGGAGUUGUGCAAAUCUGCAGCAGACACCCCUGCUGGAGUUGAGAAACCACUUGAGGAAGUUCCCAGUACUCCUCCCUCCUCCUCCACUGAGGUAUGCUCCCCCAACCACCAUGCUGUGGCUUCCCCCCAUUUUUCCUCACCUAUUUCCCUUGCUCAUGCCCCAGCUUUGGGGUCUAGCUUGCCUUCUUCCCACUCAGAUCGCCAAUCCUCGCACCGCUCUGCCCAUGCUUCCCCUCAUGCCACAGGUCCUAUCUCCCUCCCAGUUGCCUCGCCUCAUGCUGCUGCCCCUGUUACCCUCCCUACUGCCUCACCUGCUGCUGGCCCUGCUUCCAACACUGCUGCUCCUAAAACAGUUGUUCAUGUUCCUUCAUCUCCCACUCUCCACCAUACUAGCCAUCCAGCUCCAGUGACACAGUACCAUGUAGAGACAAGCUACCCUCAGUCCUACCCACUGACCCAGCGCAAGGUGCUGCAAGACCUCGGCUCUGGUCAGUAUUUCGUAGUGGACGUACCUGUUCAAGUGAAAACAAAGACUUUCUUUGACCCAGAGACAGGAAAGUAUGUUCAGCUGAAUGUGCGUGAGUCUGGCCAGAGCACCUCCCGACCCCAGUCCCGGCAAAAGUACCCACAGCCUCAGCUCCAAUCCCAAGUGCAGGUCAAGCCACAACAACAGCCUCUCUCCCAGGCACCUCCAGCUGGCAAGCCCUUAGUGCUUUAUCAAGGCUACCAUGGUUAUUCCCAAGGCUACCAACCUGCAGCUAUCAACUCUGUGCCCCCCCACAGCUCAUCAGCCCCUGUGACUCUCUACCAGGACCAGGACCAGCCUGUCAGGGAGAGUCACAGCCACGGUUAUCCAGCCCCUGAAAUGAGACAGAACUCUGAAGGGCAACGCUAUAGCCCAGAAAAGACACCAUACAUGGACACAGUUAAUGAUACAGAGAAAACAUAUAACACAGUUUACAACACACAUGGCUCAUAUGAGGCGUUUCCAGAGUGUGACACAAACAGCCAGCUUGCAGGAAGCUCAGGUUGUGAAAAUGAUAACUCAGCCCACCCACGAUAUCAGCCCCGUGAUAUAAUAACUAUGAGUGACCUGGAGGAUUUUAUGGAGCUGUCUGACUGGUGAGAACAAGGAUGGAAAUCUUUGACUCAGAAGUGUUAAUUAUGUUAUAAUAAUAAUGUAAAGAAGACAAGAAGCUAAAUAAACUAUCUGAUAAAAUAAAGAUACCUAAAGGUGCAGGAUGAAUGGAUUCUUAUAUGUGGGAUUUUAAGUAUUUGUAAAUGGCUUGUUCAUGUGAAAAUAGUCUCAGAAUGUUUUUGGAUUGUAGUUUUAAAAAGUCCCUGGGACAUGCUGUUAAAUUACUGCUGAUGAUUUUGGAGAUUCAAUGUUGAGGUAUUUAUUGUGUUACAGAGAAGUUCACCAUUCCAUUUGACUUUUGAAUGUGAGAAGCUAAGAUAUUUUUCUUGUGUAUACAGUGUGAUCAGUAUCCCAUUGUCUCUUAGACCUAGAAGUAUGUUAUCAUACAUUAAACAGCAGCAUUAUGUCAACAGUGUUUAGUUGUAGUGGUCUCUGCUAUGAACACUGGCAGGCCUGCUUAAGUUUUAAUUGUUUUUUUUUUUCUUGUUGGAGAAAUCCUACUCUUUGCAUUUUUGUGAUGCAUGAAACAUUGUUAAAGCCACAGCGUCAAUCAAGGAUCUGCAGAUGGUAUAAAGCAUAGUUUGUGUAUUCAACCACUGUUUCAAAGUGAAAACAUGGUGAUGUGACUGUUUCUGUUUUUAAGGUUUAAUUUCAUACAGUAGUCUACUUUUAAAGUUGGAAGUUUGUGAGAAUGUUUCUGUGUUGCUGUGAAACAGAAUAGUGCGGACAUGGACUUGUUCAGGCAAUUAAAACAAAUUUCAUUCUACAAAUAUUUUCUCAUCAUAAUGACUGUCUUUCAAAAUCACCUCGUAAAGGUUAAAAAUAAACAAAAAGGAAAUAUAAAAGGUUUUUGCUGGGGCAUGAUUUCAUUUUACUGCUCAAAAAGACUGUAAUAACAAUAACUGCCACUGGCAUCCUGUUCUGACUCUUGAAAUGUACCCUGGGUCUGAAUGAAUCAAAAUGAAGAGUCCUUUUACUGAGUGCAUUAUACAAAGUGUUAUUGAGAGAGCACAAUAAUAUGUCCUGAGAGAGUUCAUAAACACAAAAAAGAAAAAAUAACACUUUGUUGAUAACA